AUGAAAUCGUUAACUUUAUAUUUAAAAAUUACUACAUUCCUUCUUUUAAUUUGGAUGUAUCAGUGUUUUUAUAACUGUUAUUCUUAUAUAACUUUGACUGGUAAAAAUAUAUUGGAAACAAAAAAUGAGUUAAAAUAUGAAAGAGUAUUAACAGAGGGAGACAUAGUAGGUAAUAAGCAAACAAACGAUAAAGGAUGUCUAGAAGAGUGUCCAUUAGAUAAUGAAAAAAACAUAUGGGAAAAUCCGGUUAAAUACAGGGAUCCGUACAAUUUUUGGUAUAAGAUCAUUAUUCCACAAUUGUGGAAGCGAUUUGAUAAAGAAACUAGUGGAAUGAGCCCUAAUUCGAAAAACCGAAAAUGGAAUAUUGAAUGGCAUAAAAUUUCAACUACGAAAGUUAAUGAUCUACAUUUAAUGUCUCGUCGACGUGAUAUUCCAGAUGAAGAAAAAAACAAAAUAAUUGAUAGGGUUAUGAAAGAACUUGAAUUACAAUUUAAGGAAUUUUUAUUCGAAUGUAAGUAA